AUGUUCUUCUCCACUUCCAACAAGUCGGCCGCGUCGUCCGUCAAGGCGAAGUCCACUCCUUCAGCCAGCACUCGCCAAAACAAGGACACUUCCUCCCCAUCAACACGGAAUAACUCUGUGGAAUUCGAAUCCGCCGGCCAGAAACAAUCCAGCCGAAAGGCGAAUCGAUUCAACCCAGAAUGCCUCGUUCUCUUGGCCACCAUGAAAUAG